CAGAGAGGAAAGAGGGUACAGUUACACCUGAAAGUCUUGAAAGUUUCCAAUAAACAAACUCGCGGAUAAGCUUACAAACAGCCUCAGAAGACACUAUUCCGAGCUCAUUCCUUGAAAGGCAAGGCAGAAUCCGUGUAAAUUUUCUCCUCUUUCUGCGUGCUUCUCGUGGCAUAUUGUUCCAUACAACUAUGUUAUGCAUAUCUAGUGUUCGAUAAAAUGACUGAUUAUUUUUCUCCACUUAACUGCAAGAUUAUCAAGUUAACGGCCACUCUAAUAGUGCCAGAGACACCAACCGGGGCUAUGGUUUGUUUGUGAAAAGGGACGAUGAAGUUUGCAGGGUACUCCUUGGGAGUUUCAUUUGCUCCCAUAGGCUCAAAUGUCUUUGCAAAAAGUUUCAGAUUCCCAAUAGUUGGUAGCAUAUAUCGUGGGAAUUUGCGAAGUUCAAGGUUGUUUUCUGCGUCUUGUUGGAGAGAACAAUCAAAUGGAAAAAAUGGGGUGGUUGCAAAACAGUAUCUUCCACCUUGGUUUAGUGUUGCUCCAAUGAUGGAUUGGACGGAUAAUCACUAUAGGACUCUAGCACGCCUCAUAUCGAAGCAUGCUUGGCUCUACACUGAGAUGAUUGCAGCUGAAACGAUUGUUCAUCAAAAGGACAACCUGGACAGGUUCUUGGCAUAUUCUCCAGAUCAGCAUCCCAUUGUGCUUCAAAUCGGAGGGAGUAAUAUAGAAAAUUUGGCAAAAGCAACUGAACUUGCUAAUGCUUAUUGCUAUGAUGAGAUCAAUUUAAACUGUGGAUGCCCUAGUCCAAGGGUAGCUGGACAUGGAUGCUUUGGCGUGAGCCUUAUGCUUGACCCAAAGUUUGUUGCUGAAGCUAUGUCGGCAAUUGCUGCCAACACAAAUGUACCUGUUAGUGUCAAAUGUCGCAUUGGAGUGGAUGAUCAUGAUUCCUAUGAUCAGCUAUGUGAUUUCAUUUACAAUGUUUCGUCUUUCUCUCCCACUAAGCAUUUCAUAAUUCACUCAAGGAAGGCAUUGCUCAAUGGCAUUAGCCCAGCUGAAAAUCGGAAUAUUCCUCCACUAAAAUAUGAAUAUUUUUAUGGCCUCUUACGUGAUUUUCCUGACUUAACAUUUACAAUCAAUGGUGGCAUUUCUGGUAUUAAUGAGGUCAAUGCAGCUCGAGAAGCUGGUGCCCAUGGUGUUAUGCUUGGACGUGCAGCAUACAAUAAUCCAUGGCAUAUUUUGGGACAUGUUGAUACUGCAAUUUAUGGUGCACCACGCAGUGGUCUUACACGCCGUCAGGUACUCAAAAAAUAUCAAGUCUAUGGAGAUUCUGUGUUGGGAAAAUAUGGGCACAAGCCAACUGUGCGAGAUAUUGUGAAGCCUUUGCUCAAUCUUUUCCAUUCAUCACCUGGAAAUGGACUUUGGAAGCGCAAAGCAGAUGCUGCUUUCCGAAGUUGCACGACAAUUGAAUCAUUUUUUGAAGAAACCCUUGUAGCAAUUCCUGACUCGGUAUUGGAUUCGUCUGCUGUGGAACCACCUCCUGGACGUGGUGAUCUUUUUGCCAACAUAGAUAGUUUACUGCCUCCUCCUUACAGAACAAGAGAAGAAGAGAUCGUUUUAUGCGCUUAGGCUUGCAUGUAGUUUCCCAAACCCAAGUUCUAGUUAUACCAUCUUUCCCCAUCUUUGUGAAAUGAAAAUGAUAGUAUCAUUCAACAGAACAGCUUAACACAAGAUAAAUUAAUUAGUUAUCUAUUGUAAGCAAUUGAUUUUGAAAUGUAAUCCAUGCCUCCUCCUUGUGGGGUUUACUUUAGUUGUGGAAUCUUUUAGGGGGUGUUUAAAUAUAAUGUUGGGUGGUUCAUAUUUACUUGUAGUUUAUAUCAGAUAAGAAGCUCAAACCCCUUUCCUUUGAAAAAAAUAAAGAGACAAAGAAAAAGAAGAGGGAAGGGGAGGGGGAUAUAAAUUUGAAAGCUAAUACAAUCCUCAUUUUUCUGAUCCUCCGAAGUCCUAGUCAG